UUAAUUUAGAGUACUUCGGAGUAGCCGCAGCGUGCCGGCGGCGGUGCGGCGUGACCGUCAAAGCGGGCAAGAAUGGUCACGCGGUCGAAUAGGCUCGUUAUCUCGAUUGUGUCACGACCGCACCUCGCGGUAGCGACGACGACAACAGCGGCGGCAACGCUGGUGGUGGGACGGUGAUGAUAGCGGGAUGAUAGCGAGGCCAACAGCAGCAGCAGCAGCAACGACAACGCUGUAAUCGCGGGGCGUUCACGACUCCGGAUUUAGCUGUCAUCAUCGUCGUAAGACCAUUGACGUCGCCGCCUUAUCGUAGCCCUUUCGCGUUAUCCGGCGCUAAUCGGGACGACCAUUCCGGUAGCGCACGCGCGGCUCGCUCGCUACACAGAACAGAGCGAAAACGGCGCAGCCCGUGGCGGCGAGCGCGCGCCGCCUUCCCGAGCCUCAUUCUCGUCCGUCCGGUGGCGCGUUCCGGAUCGUGCGGUACAUCGUGCCGAGGUGGCCACAGCGGCUCCGGGACACAGAGAAAUGGAUAUUUUCUCAAAUAUAUCGGCCACCUUUUGGUCGCCGACCAUUUGGUUGCCUCCUAACAUUACAUGGGAGGACAUUAGUCCAAAUGCAGACAAUAAGUAUGCUAAUUAUCAGCAUUUAAUAUAUCCUCUGCCCAUGGCAUUUGUUCUUCUAGGAAUAAGAUAUACUCUUGAAAGGUAAGCUUACUGAGACAUGAUUUAUUAUAUUGUUGAUAGAACUUCCAUAUCAUUAAUUGCAUUUUUAUUUGUAUCACUUGUUACAUUAGCAUCUUGUAACACACAACUGUGUUUUAAGAUUUUGGGAUUGGCUAAACAAUUAGAUUGGUCUGAAAGACAAGUGGAGAGAUGGCUUCGACUACGUCGCUCUCAAGACAAGCCAUCUACUCUUACAAAAUUUUGUGAGAGCUGUUGGAGAUGGACCUAUUAUACAUAUUCAUUCUUGUAUGGCCUUGUUGUCCUGUGGGAUAAACCGUGGCUUUGGGACAUAAAACAUUGUUAUUAUAAUUACCCCUAUCAUCCAGUUACUAGUGGUAUAUGGUGGUAUUAUAUGAUAUCAAUGUCAUUCUAUUGGGCAUUAAGCUUUUCUCAAUUCUUUGAUGUCAGAAGGAAAGAUUUUUGGCAGAUGUUUAUUCAUCAUAUAGCUACAAUUUCGCUUAUGUCUUUCUCGUGGGUUGGGAACCUGACGAGGAUCGGUAGUCUGGUCUUGCUUGUACAUGAUUGCGCAGAUGUAUUCUUAGAGGCGGCAAAAAUGGCCAAGUAUGCAAAUUAUCAGAAAAUUUGUGAUUGUAUAUUCGCCGUGUUCACAAUUCUGUGGAUCGUAACACGUAUUGGUGUGUAUCCAGGUUGGAUAAUUUAUAGCACAUCUACAGAGGCGCCUAAGAUAGUACCGAUGUUCCCUGCAUACUAUAUCUUUAAUUCUUUGUUAAUCUUGCUACUGCUUCUUCAUCUAUUUUGGACUUUUUUAAUCCUUAAGAUCGCAUAUCGCGCUUUCAAUGCUGGUCAGAUGGAGGGUGAUAUUCGCAGUAAUAGCAGCGACGAAGUAUCCGACACUUCGGUCAAUAAUACUCCCACAAACAGUACCGCAAAUUACAGUAACAAGUCAAAUUCGAAACCAAAAGCCCAUUAACAAAGCGCAUGCUAUAUAGACGAGCUAUUAUUUAAAAACAAAAAAAAAGAAACCGAUCCCAAGGCAGAAAAUUCAUCCGGACGUUUAGCUAGGCGCUAAUCUUUCUUCCUACAAAUAUAAUGAAAUCUUGGAUGCAAUUUCAAUCUUGUAAUCCACGAUGCUAACAGUAACGUACCUAUUUAAUCUUUCAUGAAAUUGAAACACACACACACACAUACAUACAUACAUACAUACAUACAUACAUACAUAUAUACAUACACAUACACAUAUAUUUUUUCCCGUUUCCCUUUCAUUAAUGUUAAAGCAAUUUAAUGCUUCGUCACACAUUUGCCUAUUCUUUCGAUUAUAUAUUUACGUUUAAGAAUACAUCAUUAAUAAAGGACAACGAAAGAAAGAAAAACUAGUGGGGGGGAGGGGGGAAGAGGAACAAACUUUACCAAGAAUGAUUCGUGUUGCUAAUUUAUAUGACUUUCUUAUUUAAGAAUUAAUUAUAAGUAUACAUGUCCUUUUUGAAAUAAAUUCUUAAUGCUUAGUUAAGCUAAGAAUGGACCAAAGCCAAGACGUUCGGUGUCUGAACUCCGUCGAUUGUCUCAGAGUCUCUGAUAUCGCGUAUAACUACUACUUUGAAGAAUGUAUUUAUUUAUUUUCGUAUACUUUGUGAGCAUCAGAGUCAGUGAUCGAUUAAGCAUAAGAACAAUUCAUUAAUAAUAAAUUUCUAUUAAUCACA